AUCGGCGCGGGGUCGUACGGCAUCGUCCGCAAGGUCACCCGCCGAAGCGACGGGAAGAAGUUCGCGCUGAAGACGAUUCGCAAGGCGCCGUGGCGGCAGCCGCCGACGUCGCGAACCUCGGUGCAGUACUACCACAGCAAGCUUCGAAACGAGCUCGAGGUGAUGCGAAAGAUCGGAUCGUCGCUCUCCAUCGUGUACCUGUACGACUCGUUCGAGGACGGCGACGCGGUGCAUCUGCUCAUGGACCUGUGCACGGGCGGGGAGUUGCUGGGAAGGAUGCGCGCGGGGAUCAACUACAGCGAGCGCGACGCCGCGGAGCUCGUGCGGUCCGUCGUUCGCACCGCGGCGCAGUGCCACUCGCGGGGCAUCAUCUUCCGCGACAUCAAGCCCGACAACUUUUUGUUCGACAACGAGGCGCUGGACUCGCCGCUGAAAGCGACGGACUUUGGGCUCGCGGGGCUCAUCACCCCCGGCGAGAAGCUCACGCGCAGGUGCGGGACGCCGUCGUACAUGGCCCCCGAGGUUAUCAACCGAAACUACGGCGAAGAGGCGGACGUGUGGUCGUGCGGCGUCGUCGCGUAUCAACUGCUCACCGGCCGGCUGCCGUUCGUGGACAAGGUCAACCAGCGCCCGAACGCGAAAGAGGUGUUUCGCGCCAUACUAGAGGAUCAAAUCGACUUUGUCGCCGACCCGUGGCCGCGGCUCAGCCCGGAGUGUGUGGACCUCGUGCGGAAGAUGCUCGACCGCGACCCGGAGACGCGCAUCACCGCGCGCGCCGCGUUGCUGCACCCGUGGUUGCUCGCGCCGACGUCCGAGGAAGCGCUGAGCGGCGCGACGCAGCCGAUCGGUGGGCAGGUGGUCGCGCGCCUGCAGCGGUUCAGCACGUACGGCUUGCUCAAGCGAAGCGUGCUGAGGCUUCUGGGGGAUCAGCUGCGGAAGGACGACCCGAACGCGGGGCCCGGCGUCGAGGGCUUCUUGGAGCUGUUUCAGCUUCUCGACACGAGCGGCGACGACCUCGUGGAGCCGGACGAGCUCCAGGCGGGUUUGAUGCGCGUCGGGUACGACAUCACGCAGGACGAGUGCGAGCAGCUGCUCGACUCGUUGGACACGACGAACGACGGGUGCAUCGACGUCGACGAAUUUUUAGCCGCGCUCGUGGACUGGGAGGCGCUGGAGAGGUCGUCGGAGGCGUAUCCGUCGUGGGUGAAGGAGGCGUUUAACAUGCUGGACAAGGACGGGAACGGAACGAUAGACGCCGGUGAGGUCGCGGAGCUGGUGUUCAUGAACGAGGACGACGGGAAGCUGACGUCCGAGGCGAAGAAAGUCAUCGCGGCGUGCAUCUCCGAGGCGGACACGGACGGCGACGGACUCAUCGACCUCGACGAGUUCAUCACGCUGCUUCAGAUGGACCCCACGGACCGCCUGGACGCGUACGAGCUGAGGCUGUCGAAGAGAGGAGGCAGCGUCGAUUUGAGCGCGGACGAGACCGUGCUCGUGGACUAG